UCUCUCUCUCUCUCUCUCUCUCUGUCUUUGUCUUUGUCUACUCUCCAGCGUAUGCUUUGGCAAACGAAAUCUACAAUUUCAAUCUCACGCCCAAAGCAAAAGCAAAAGCAAUAGCAAAAGCAAAAGCAUCCGAAUUUUCUAGACUUUGGGUCAACGACGUCAAACCCAGAGAUGCUCCAGAUUUUGAUCGGUCAACGCCAGCUGCUUCCCCAAUUUUUAGACUUUGAAUUCGAAUCAGAAUUAGGGAUUCGUUUAUGAAGAGGCUGAGGCUACUGAGCUGAGCUGAGCUCCUGGAAUUUGUGAGGGAAAUAGACGCAGUGAUGUCCGCCACCUCGGGCUCUGCUUCUGUUUGGCUAUUUCUGCUGUUUGGUUUCCUUCAACUCCUUAAGCUCUCUGGCAACGUUGAAGGUGACGCAUUGAAUGCGUUGAAGAGCAAUUUAAUUGAUCCUAACAAUGUUCUCCAAAGUUGGGAUCCCACUCUCGUCAACCCCUGUACAUGGUUUCAUGUCACUUGUAAUAGCGAAAACAGCGUUACGCGAGUUGAUCUUGGCAAUGCCAAUCUCUCUGGUCAAUUGGUGUCACAACUUGGUGUUCUUUCCAACUUGCAGUACUUGGAACUUUAUAGUAAUAACAUAACUGGAAACAUUCCAGCAGAGCUUGGAACUUUGACAAACUUGGUCAGCUUGGAUCUUUACUUGAACAGUUUACGUGGUACCAUUCCCGACACACUUGGCAAGCUAGAAAAACUACGUUUCCUGCGUCUCAACAACAACACCUUGACGGGGAAUAUUCCCAUGGCUUUGACUAAGAUUCAAUCGUUGCAAGUCCUGGAUCUUUCAAAUAACAAUCUGACUGGAGAUAUUCCAGUCAAUGGUUCUUUUUCACUUUUUACUCCCAUCAGUUACAAAAAUAACCCUAAUCUGAAAGCUCUUCCAGUCACUCCAUCUCCUCCUGUUUCUCCAACCCAGCCAAGUUCUCCAGGUAACACUGCUACUGGGGCUAUUGCUGGAGGGGUUGCUGCCGGUGCUGCUUUGCUGUUUGCUGCACCUGCAAUUGCACUUGCUUGGUGGCGACGAAGAAAACCACAGGAUCAUUUCUUUGAUGUACCUGCGGAGGAGGAUCCAGAAGUUCAUUUGGGACAGCUCAAAAGGUUUUCUUUGCGCGAGCUACAAGUUGCAACAGAUACCUUUAGCAAUAAAAAUAUUCUAGGUAGAGGUGGAUUUGGUAAGGUUUAUAAAGGACGUUUAGCUGAUGGGACUCUGGUAGCUGUAAAAAGACUUAAAGAGGAGAGAACCCAAGGCGGAGAGCUACAGUUCCAAACAGAAGUUGAAAUGAUUAGCAUGGCUGUCCACCGCAAUCUGCUUCGUCUGCGUGGAUUUUGCAUGACACCAACAGAAAGGCUGCUUGUAUAUCCUUAUAUGGCUAAUGGAAGUGUAGCAUCAUGUUUAAGAGAUCGUCCAGAAGCACAGCCUCCACUUGAUUGGGAAAUAAGAAAACGCAUAUCAUUGGGAUCUGCAAGAGGCCUUGCUUAUUUGCAUGAUCAUUGUGAUCCGAAAAUUAUUCACCGUGAUGUGAAAGCUGCAAACAUAUUGUUAGAUGAGGAAUUCGAAGCAGUUGUUGGAGACUUUGGAUUGGCUAAACUCAUGGAUUACAAAGAUACGCAUGUUACCACAGCUGUACGUGGCACAAUUGGUCAUAUAGCACCAGAGUAUCUCUCAACUGGAAAGUCGUCGGAGAAAACUGAUGUUUUUGGAUAUGGAGUCAUGCUUCUUGAACUUAUCACUGGGCAGAGGGCUUUCGAUCUUGCUCGGCUUGCAAAUGAUGAUGAUGUGAUGUUGCUUGAUUGGGUCAAAGGAUUGUUGAAAGAUCGGAGAUUGGAAGCUCUUGUUGAUGCUGAUCUAGAGGGUAACUAUAUUGACGACGAGGUGGAGCAGCUGAUCCAAGUAGCUCUACUCUGCACGCAAGGCUCCCCAGGGGAGAGGCCCAAGAUGUCAGAGGUUGUCAGAAUGCUUGAAGGGGAUGGUUUGGCAGAAAGAUGGGAGGAGUGGCAGAAAGAGGAGAUGUUCCGCCAAGACUUCAACCCUAUUCAACAUGCAAGUACGAAUUGGAUCAUGGACUCUAGUUCUCAAAUUCCACCAGAUGAGUUGUCCGGUCCCAGGUGAUACGCUCCUUCAUUCCGUCCUCUGUAUACAUGUAAGAAGCCUUCAGGAAUUGACAAGGCCCAUUUUGUAUUUCAGCAAUACUAAAUUUGUGUAUAUGUUUGUCUUUUCUCCUCUUAUUUGCUUUUGUUGUCCAUUUUAUUCUUCUCUAAUGUCUUGUUUAUAUCACACAAUGGAGCUGGUGCUGCUGUAAUUUUUAUAGGGUUGUUAACUGGCAUUAUGAAAUUAUGGUGCUAGCAACACGGCAGGAACUAGGAAGGGCCAUAAAAGCACCCAUUCCUUAUCAUUUUUAUGUACCCGGAAAUUAGUCAAGAUUGUCGAAUAAAUAAAUCUUUAUUUCCUGCAUCGCAGAAUGAUUUUGUAUUAAAAUUAA